UCUCCCCAUUCAGCCGGAAUAUAACCCGCUUCCGGUGUUUCUGAGGCAGAGUCCGGAGGGGCCGCAGCUCGGUGAGAAGCCAAAGCGGGAAUAGAGGCAGCCCGGGCCGGGCGGAGAAUGAGUCGGUGGCUGAGGCCGGUGCUGUCCCGGGUGGUGAGUCGGGUCGGGCUGAGCGGAGCGGCCCGGGAGCCUCAGGCCAAGUUUGGGCUCCUGUUCGACAUCGAUGGGGUCCUGGUGCGAGGCAAGACCCCCAUACCCGCCGCCAGGAAGGCCUUCCACAAGCUGGUGGAUUCCCAGGGGCAGUUCCUGGUUCCCGUGGUGUUUGUAACCAACGCCGGAAACUGCCUGCGCCAGACCAAAGCCGACCAGCUCUCCCAUAUCCUCGGGGUCCCCAUCUGCCAGGACCAAGUGCUGAUGUCCCACAGUCCCCUGAGGAUAUUUAAGCAGUACCAUAACAAGUGCGUUCUGGUAUCGGGACAGGGCCCCCUGCUGGACAUCGCCAAAUAUUUAGGAUUCUCGAAUCCUAUCACAAUUGACUCUCUGAGGGAGUCGUACCCCUUUCUGGACAUGGUGGACCACACGAGGCGCCCCAAAAUCCUGCCUUCCUCAGCCACAGAUCUGCCCAGGAUAGAGGCUGUCGUUCUGUUCGGGGAACCAAUCCGGUGGGAGACAAACCUGCAGCUCAUCGUUGAUGUCCUACUGACUGGCGGUUACCCCGUCAACCACCACCAACCUGCCAGUUACCCCCAUAUCCCCGUGCUGGGCUGUAACAUGGAUCUGAUGUGGAUGGCCGAGGCCCACUCGCCAAGGUUUGGCCACGGGACCUUCAUGGUUUGCCUGGAGAACAUCUACAAGAAGAUCACGGGGAAGGAGCUGAAGUACGAGGCGCUGAUGGGCAAACCCAGUGAGGUGACGUUCCAGUACGCGGAGUAUCUGAUCCGGACGCAGGCGGCGCAGAGACAGUGGGCCGAGCCAAUCAGAACGCUCUAUGCAAUCGGGGACAAUCUGAUGACGGAUAUCUAUGGCGCUAACCUGUACAACCGCUACCUGCAAGAGCGCGGGUCCCGGGUGGGCUCCAAGGCGCUGGUCCAGGCUGCGUCGGGGGUCCCGGUGGCCACGGUGUCGCAGGAGGAGGAGCCGACGCUGGAGAGUGCGCUGUCCUUCCCCUCGGCCACAAGCUGCCGCUCUAUUCUGGUCUGUACCGGAAUCUAUAACCCCCACCGGGAAGUGCCGGCCGAUACCUCCCGCUCCGUCACGGAGACGGUGUUCCACGGGCACCGGGAUUUCCGCUUUGACCCCGCCCUGGUGGAACCCGGUCACAUUGUGGAUGAUGUCAGCGCGGCGGUGGAUUUAAUCUUCCAAUUAGAAGGCUUCGUACAACAGAGCGGCCCCAGGACUCAUUAACCCUGCGAGGGGAGCGCAUUACCUCAGCCAGACUCCAUUUCCUGCACUUUUUAUAACCCCUCCCUGAGCCCCCUGUGUUUAUAGGAAACCCUGUACAUUUUAUUCUAUUUAUUCCCCGCCCAAUAGCGAGAGUUUUAUUUGGCAGCAGGGGAGUGGCCCUAUCAGACUGGCAGUGGGGGCGGAGCUUGUCAGUCUGCGCAUGUUCCUUCUAUAUCUUAUUGUACUUACCCUCCCUGUGGGUAACAACCCCCCUCCCCUAUUGCACUGCAAUAAUUACCCCCCCCCCCCUUUAUUUAUUAUUUUCCGGGGGCUUUUACUCUAUUUAUAGUUUUAUUUUUAUUUCGGAGAGGACUGGCGCCACAGGCAGACCCCGCCCACUCACACUUGAAUUUUAAUUGUUACUUCAAUGGACGGUUAUUGCCCCCCAUGUUGGUGUGACCCCCCCCCCUCCCCCCGUGCCUGUUACACUUUUAUGCAAAUGGUUUUACUUCAUCUCCUCAAAUAAACGCCUUGUUCUUUUCAAA